ACUGACUCACCCAAGAGGGCCAAAGCUUUGAUAACUCCUCAGAGUGAAAAUGGCGUCGUACACGCUAUCAUAUAUCCCUUUGACGCUCUCUAAUCCUCGGAUCCUUGUUUCCAGACAGAAUGGAUCUUCCUUGUCUUCGUCUUCUCCGCUUCUUCUUACUUCUUCUCUGUUAGGUAAGAAGCUUUUGGUGACACCACCGUCGCGCCGGUGCUUCGUCUCCAAGAACAGGUGCUUGACCUCGGCCAGCACGGUCUUAAACGUCCCAACUGCGCAACCGGAGAAUGGUUCUUCGGAUAAGAUCCCAAAAUGGUCGGCGAGAGCUAUAAAGUCACUUGCAAUGGGGGAAUUGGAGGCUAGGAAGCUCAAGUAUCCAAGCACCGGGACUGAAGCCAUUCUCAUGGGUAUUUUAGUCGAAGGCACUAGCACAGUUGCUAAGUUCCUGAGGGGGAAUGGAGUCACGCUUUUUAAGGUGCGAGAUGAGACAAUAAGCCUGCUCGGGAAAUCAGACAUGUACUUUUUCAGCCCAGAGCAUCCUCCUCUAACUGAACCAGCUCAAAAGGCAAUUGCCUGGGCCAUUGAUGAGAAGAAUAAAUCUGCUGUGGAUGGUGAACUAACCACGGCAUACUUGCUUCUGGGGAUUUGGUCUCAAAAGGAUUCAGCAGGCCACCAGAUUUUGGAGAAGCUCGGGUUCGAUGAAGAUAAAGCCAAAGAAGUGGAGAAAUCGAUGAAUGAAGAUGUGGAUUUGAGCUUCAAGAAACAAGGUCAAUAGUGAUGAGGCAGCUUCUGUAACUGUAUAUUGAGUAGCAAAAGCAACUCUUUCUCUCUGAUUAAAGACUCGGCAAAAGACCACUUUCUUGAAGGAAUCACUUUAUCAAGGAAGACAUAUGCUGGCUUUCAUUAGCAUUCUUCACUUUCGAUACUUGUUUGUGGUUAGUCUCAUUUAGCUUUUCUGCAUUAUCACAAUAUACAGACUCUGGAAUAUGAUGAUCAGUGCUUUGAUUCUCUAAUGGGUUUAUGUUUACCAAAAGGGAUCAACAUACAUAAUUCCUCAUCAGCCGAGUGAUUUAUUUGUGAAUUGUGAUUUACUACUUUUAAUUUCCUCGUUUACUUAA